AUGGCUCAACGGGGAGAGCGUCAGACCGCUAGUCGGACGGCCGUUUCGAUGCUCCCCAGCAUGAGCCUCUUCACCGUCGAGCAGCUCGAGUUGAUUCGACGGCUUAAAUCCACUGGAAUCAAUGCGGAAGCGAUUGUUGAGGCCUUCCGCACCCUGGACGAGAUCGAACGCGAACUCGAGGCGGCCAAGCAACAGUCGGCUGCUCUCGCAGCACUCAUCACCCAGCCACAAUCCGUGCCCACAUCAAUGCAAUCACAAGUUAUACUGGAUCCAUCACCCGGUGCAUCAACUCCAACAUCCACUCCAGCAUCGUUGUCAUUCAAUCAACCACCACUCGGUGACACAACCCCAGCAAGGAGCCCAAUCUUGUUGCAAGCGCUGAGGGCACAGAACCCAGUCGCCUUGACGAUUUCGGCCACCUCGCCUGUGAUCUGCGCUCCAGCCAGCCCCGAUCGACCUGUUUCCAUCCAAACUGUUCCCUUAGCCUCUACAGCAUCCGAAUCUCCAUUAUUUUCUUAUGAAUCACCAUCCAGUGGCGGCUGUCGACCGAUUCGAAGCCUCCGCACGCCAAUGAGAGAAAUCACAACACUCGAUGAUCCCACUGAGCUCGACGAUUUUAUGAGACAAGGUGAAGAAGGUUGCAUCAACGACAUGAAACAGUUCAUCACACAGUUUUCUCUAAGGCAAACGACCGUGGCAAUGAUGACAGGUGUCUCGCAACCGUACAUCUCAAAGCUGUUAAAUGGGAAUCAUCGAGAGCUCUCAUUACGCUGCAGAAAGAAUAUCUACUCAUGGUAUCUCAAUUGUCGACGACAUCCCGAGAAACUUGCUGCAUUUCUUGCCGAUCCGGCCACUCGCUUGGAGACGAAUGGAGACGGGGAACUGGUGCCGCAAAGAAGAGAACGAUACGUGUUUCGCCCGAUUUUGAUCAGAAUGUUGGAGCAAUUCUUUGCGCAAACCCCGUUUCCCGAUUUGAAUCGUCGAAUCGAGAUCGCCACUGCGUGCAAUCACGCCCUGCAAAUGGAUAAGAAAGGCGUUGGUUUAAUGCCAAAAGAGGUCGUUUCGCCGCAAGUGGUUGCGAAUUGGUUUGCGAAUAAACGAAAAGAGUUGAGAAGGAAAAGCAAUGAGGAAGCACAACAGACACAUCCAGGGGGAUUGCAGUUCCCACCAGUCACCCCAACGACUCCAGGCGCUAUGCCCCUUUUGCCCAAUUUCUCUCUUCACUCGCAACAACAAACCGACAGCGCAAAUCGACACGGAUCUCCGAGCUGCUCUGACAUGGGCUCCACUCCGUCCCCAUUACCUGAUGAGAACUCAGCCGACUCUGAUCGAAAUAUUACCUUCGAUAUCGCCUCCUUGGCGGCUAGAUUGGGUUUCCAGUUCCCGAGCGUCGGUCUUCCUUUACCGAUUGGUGGAAAUAUUGGAGCUGGAGGUGAGAUAGAGAUCACCCCAGUCACAACAAUCUCCUCACUUGCCUCUCAACUGCUUGGUUUCCCGUUCAACGUUGUCACCGAAGCUGACGGAACCCCAGCGACGGCUGUCACCGUUCCCUCAACCCUUGCCUCUCAACAAAACACCCAAUUACCCGUUUCAUUGGCCAGUCAGGAACAAAUUCUCUCACAAAUCUAUCAAAGCACUCUUCAUCAACAAUUGCUCAAAAUGGAGAAAGUUGAA